AUGGGGCGUGGCGAAAACCGCACCGGACCAGUGCGUUGGAGGGGGAUUCUCGUCUUGAGUCUUCCCUGGGCUAUUGUGGUCCUACUGCUUAUCUCUUCGCCACUUCUUUCCCGCAUAUCAGGCCCGGUGUCGCUCGUGCCUUCGCCGCUACCAGGACUUACUAAUACCCAUCCAUGCCCCUCCGUCCAACCGCUGGUCCAGGAGUGUCCUCCUCCACCACCCCCAUCUCUGCCUCCUCCCCAACAGCCUCCGCUCUUUGAGCUCUACCAUGCGCGCGAAAGACAGCUGCCGCAGCACAACCUUGCCGCUCCAUUCCCUGACGGAAACCAUGCCAAGUAUCUCUGGGUGGACAAUCACGGAUUCAGUUUUGGCUGGGGAAACUACAUGCAGGAAAUGCUCCUCAAUGCAUACUUGGCAUACGCAGCCGACAGAGCAUACGUCUUCGACAACUACACAUGGAUGCGGGAUGGCCCGGAGGUUGUCCCAUGGCCCGUGAAUGGCCGGCUCAUCCCCGCUCGUAUACCGCUUUCCGCUUUUAUAUCUGGCCCAUUGGUCGGUGAUCGUAUGCCUUCAUCCUCUCCUCGCGCAGCAGCCAUCUCGCAAGAGUGGUACCAUCAAGUAUGUCCCGAGUCGGAGCGGGUUGUGCUCGAUACCCGCACAAUUCAGGAUACAUUCGCCGCCCCGCCAACCGCCAAACAGAUCAUUGAACGCUGGACGAUGGAACUACACAAUCUCACCUCGCGCUGUGUGGAAUUGUCGAAGACCAGUCCCCGGCUUUUUCACGACGAACUGAUCGGCACUGACCGCGUUCUCGAUAUAUUCCCCUCCCUUUCUGCGUCCCCGAUCCUGCAGAAUUUCAGCUGGUCGCCAUUAAUCUUCGGCGAGUUCCUCGCCAACUCACACCACUUUUUGCCCUCAAGCUUCAACUUUACGAGCCAUACACUCCUCGCGGCUAUUCUCGACACCGAGCUGCCAAUCCCCGGACUGCUGGUGCUCCAUGUCCGCCGUGGGGACUACGAAAUAUGGUGUCCAGAAGCUGUCGCAAACGGGCUUGCCUUCACAGGCUUCAACCGCUUCCCCCAGCUCUCCGACAAGUCUCCUGCCCCAAACGCACUCUCGCGCUGUCUACCGUCCAUCCAAGAUAUCGCUAAUAAAGUGCGUGAUGUCGUCUCCGACCAACACGCCGCCGGGCUCCCGCCGCUGACGCGGGUGUAUGUCAUGACCAAUGCAAAGAACGACUGGCUUGCCUCGCUCGCUGAGGCGCUGCGCGCCAUCCAGAUUUGGAAGGAUGGCAUUGGGACAAGCCGCGAGCUCUCGCUCUCGUGGGAGGGCCGGCAUGUGUCGCAGACGGUGGACAUGGUCGUGGCGCAGCGCGCGGAGGUCUUCGUUGGGAAUGGGUUUUCAAGCCUGACUUCAAACAUUGUAAUGCUUAGGAUGCACAAUCCGAAGUUGGAUCCAAGAAAUAUACGCUUCUGGUAA